AUGGAGCUGGUGCCCCUUGACGUGCUGUGGUGCCAGUGCCAGGGCAACGCCAACGCCACGCCGCACCUGCAUCAGAUCCACAACAAGGUGGCACAGAUGCAUGCGGACGCCGCCCACCACGCCCUCUGCUACGUGGGCGUGGUCCUCGCCCUGUACCUGCUCGGCCUCGCCAUCAUCAUCCGACGCUCGGGGCGCUCCGAGCGGCAGACGGCGGCAUCGGCGGUCUCGUCGUGCUUCUGCGGCGCCCUCUCCUCCGUCGUCCGCUUCGCCGCUUCCGUCGGGAGGCAAAGGGCGCGGCCGGAUCUUCAGCAACAACAGCAGCAGCAGGUUAAGACCACGAUAUCUCUGCCGCCGGAGCCUCUUCAGCAGAUGCCAGGGGCGCCGCCUCCCGGCAUCCUCAGGCCAACCAAGCCUCCGUCGUUGCAGGUGCACCUCCUGGUUCCCGACGAUGACGACGAGAUGGAGAUCUCCAUGAUCACCUCCGUGGCCUAG